CCUCCGCUCAACUUUGGUCUCGUGGCGCCGGGAAUCUACCGCUCAGGCAUGCCAGGCCGCAACAGCGUGGCCUACUUACGGCGACUCGGCCUGCGAACGCUGGUGCGGCUGGUCGACGGCCCGGCCUACCCGCCGGCGGUGGAGGAGUGGAUUGCUGCGGCCGGGGUUGCGGUCAUUGAUUGUCGCGUCGGGACCAACCGCGAGCCUCUCGUCGCCAUGGACGGUGGCGCGCUCGCCGAAGCGCUGGCAGCCGCCCAGCGGCCCGAGCGUCAGCCGGUGCUGGUGCACUGCUUGCGCGGCCAGCGCGAGACUGGCGUCCUGGUCGGCUGCAUGCGACAGCAGCAGCGCUGGUCCCUCGUGGCCACGUUUGACGAGUACCGACGAUUCGCUGGCUCCGCCGCCUCUCUCCUCGACCUGCAGACGAUUGAGUUGUUU